AUGGCCGUCGCACCAGCCUACCACGAAUCUCUCCCAUACAUCGACCCCGAACCCUCCCCGGAAGCCCUCUCCGCCGCCCGCGCCCUCAUCGCCUCCGAACAAUCAACCUCUUCCUCUUCCUCUUCCUCUUCUUCCUCCGCUGCCCUCCCACCCCUCAAAGAACCAUCCUUCUCGCCCGCGAUAUCCGCCCAACUAUCCCGCAUCCAAUCCUCCCAGCCCCCCCAACCCCCUCUCGACCUCUCCCGCUACGAAGCCCAAGAGCUCCCCCCGCCCCCUUCUUCCGACUCGUCCUCACCACCCUCAGAGGCCACCGCCCAGGCCACGCGACGGGCCCUGCAAAACGCCUUCGUCUCCUCCUCCUACCUCUCCUCCCGCGCCCAGAACCUCGCCCUGCUCGACGCCCACGGCCGCAACGCCUGGCUCCUCUCAAACUACCACCUCGAGGCCGAGCUCCGCUCCCUCGAGCGCGACCUCGCCGCCGCCAAGCGCGACAUCGACCUCGUCAAUGCCGCCCGCGCCGCCCGCCAGACCGACGUCAAGGCCGAGAUGCAGACGCUGGAGCACAACUGGCGCGAGGGCGUCGGGAGGGUCCUCGAGACGGAAAUCGCCGUCCAGGAGCUCAGGGAACAGAUCCGGCACGAGUUGAGGACCAGGGCUGCCGCCGCCGAGCCUUCUCAGUCAUGA